GCUGCCACAAAGGCCAUGAUGAGAGUCAAUGGGGAUGAUGACAGCGUUGCAGCCCUGAGCUUCCUCUAUGAUUACUACAUGGGGCCAAAGGAGAAGCGGAUCUUGUCCUCCAGCACAGGAGGCCGGAACGACCAAGGAAAGAGGUACUACCAUGGUAUGGACUGUGAGAUGGACCUUUCUCCGCUUGAAAGUCCCACACACCUUAUGAAAUUCCUGACAGAGAACGUGUCUGUCACACCAGAGUACCCAGAUGUGCUCAAGAAGAAUAACCUGAUGAGUUUGGAGGGGACUGUGCCCCCUCAGGCCAAGGCAGCUCCCCUCCCACCUGGUCCCAGCAAGCUGGAAGCUGGUUCUGUGGACAGUUACCUGCUGCCCACCAGUGAUGUCUAUGACAAUGGCUCCCUCAACUCCUUGUUUGAGAGUAUUCAUGCAGUGCCACCCACACAGCGCUGGCAGCCAGAUAGCACCUUCAAAGAUGACUCACAAGAGUCACUGCUCUUCCCAGAUAUCUUGAAAGCAUCUCCAGAACCCCCAUGCCAAGAGGACUAUCCCAGCCCCAAGAGUGAUUUCGAGUACACCCUGGGCUCCCCCAAAGCCAUCCACAUCAAAUCCGGGGAGUCACCCAUGGCCUACCUCAACAAGGGCCAAUUCUAUCCUGUCACCCUGCGCACCCCAACAGGUGGAAAAGGCCUGGCUUUGUCCUCCAACAAAGUCAAGAGUGUGGUGAUGGUCGUCUUCGACAAUGAGAAGGUCCCCGUAGAGCAACUGCGUUUCUGGAAGCAUUGGCAUUCCCGGCAACCCACUGCCAAGCAGAGGGUCAUUGAUGUGGCGGACUGCAAAGAGAACUUUAACACUGUGCAGCACAUUGAGGAGGUGGCCUACAAUGCUCUGUCUUUUGUGUGGAAUGUCAAUGAAGAGGCCAAGGUGUUCAUUGGUGUCAACUGUCUUAGCACAGACUUCUCCUCACAGAAGGGGGUGAAAGGUGUCCCCCUCAACCUGCAGAUUGACACCUAUGACUGUGGCUCAGGCACUGAGCGCCUGGUGCACCGUGCCGUCUGCCAGAUCAAGAUCUUCUGUGAUAAGGGAGCUGAGAGGAAGAUGCGAGAUGAUGAGCGGAAGCAAUUUCGAAGGAAGGUCAAGUGUCCAGACUCCAGCAGCAGUGGCAUCAAGGGCUGCCUGCUGUCGGGCUUCAGGGGCAAUGAGACAACCUAUCUGCGGCCAGAAGCAGAUCUCGAGACCCCCCCAGUUCUGUUCAUCCCCAAUGUGCAUUUCUCCAGCCUUCAGCGUCCUGGAGGGGUGGUGCCUGCAGCAGGACCUGGCAGCUCCAACAGGCUGCCGCUGAAGCGUACCUGUUCCCCCUUUGCUGAGGAAUUUGAGCCUCUGCCCUCCAAACAGGCCAAGGAAGAUGAUCUCCAGAGAGUUCUGUUGUAUGUGCGAAGGGAGACCGAGGAGGUGUUUGAUGCCCUUAUGUUGAAGACCCCAGACCUGAAGGGGCUGAGAAAUGCGAUCUCUGAGAAGUAUGGCUUUCCUGAAGAGAACAUUUACAGAGUUUACAAGAGAUGCAAGAGGGGAAUCCUGGUCAACAUGGACAACAACAUUAUUCAGCAUUAUAGCAAUCACGUAGCAUUCCUGCUGGACAUGGGGGAGCUUGAUGGCAAAAUUCAGAUCAUUCUUAAAGAGCUGUAGGUCCAAGUGUCCAU